AUGCCUUCCUUGGAUGACGAUGAUGACCGUGAUAUUACAGGGUCACAAGAUGGAAGUUCCGACGACGAGGACGAGCAGAUGAGAGAUGCCGACGACGCGGACGGUGAUGCGGAAAACGACCCGGAGCAGGAUGUCGACCAAGAACAGGAUGCCGAAAGUCCGUCCAACAACAGCCAGACGUCCGAUGGCCCUGGAGAUUCUUCGCAGCAGGAUGCUGAACCGAACCUGCCAGUUGACUCCCUCGACAUCUAUCGUCCAACUGUGCGAGUAGAGUGUUUGACGGCGGAGACGUAUGACAUCGUACCAACUACUGCCGCGCCGCAGAGUACAUCUAUCAAUGCCGUGACAGCUACGGCGGACAUGCGUUGGGUUUUCAGCGGAGGUACAGAUGGAUAUAUAAGGAAAUAUAAUUGGGUGGACUCCAUAAAUAGUAAAUUAAUGCUGACCGUUGCUCAACGGCAUCCCUUCGUCGAUAGCGUGGUGAAAGCCGGGGUCCUCAUGAACUAUUGGGAGAACAUGGACGGACAUGUCUUAUCGCCAGUGUAUUCUCUCGCAGCUCAAAGCGAAGGGUUAUGGUUGCUGUCUGGUUUAGAGUCUGGCAAUAUCCGUCUCCAGACAGUCCGUCAUGAGGAGGGAAGGGAGAUUGCUCUCCUGAAAAACCACACAUCUGCCGUUUCGGUGCUCAACCUGACACCGGAUGAGCGUAGUCUUCUGUCUGGUAGUUGGGACAAGCGCGUCUUGGACUGGGACCUCAAUACAGGUCAAGUCAAAUCCACAUUUGCCGCCGAUACUGGACAGAUUUCGGCGAUAGAGAUCCGUCCUGAAUCUAGCCUCCCUGUUCCACAGGACACCAUGGAGAUGCAGUUUGAGAAAUCCUUCUCAUCAAAUAACCAAUCAGCUUCGUCUGCAUUGGUGAAUGGUACAGUUGGACAUGGCGAAGCCGGUCAUGACAAUGCCCCAGCAGCAUCCCCGACGGAUUCUCUCUUUGGUGGCGCCGACUCUCUCUUUGGAGACGCAGAUAAUCAUAUGGCAGAUGGCGGAGAGCCAUCGGCCGAUGCUGGCAACGUUGGUGAGAACGCAUUAUUCGGUGGCUCGCUUGACAUGGAUAUUCGACCUUCAGAGCAGGAAAUGAAGACAGAAUCCGGAAAUGUCGACCAGUCCAAUGGUACGGAAACGUGGCUACCUCAGACCACAGGCAUAGAUCCUAACCAGAGUGCUACCUCACUGAAGUCAGAGGAAACUCAACCAACUCAGAAAGCGGAGGCAAGCACGGAGCCUACAGUCAAUGGCUUGCCACACGCGGAGUCAUUAGAGAUGUCGACUACUGCCCAGGACUCCCAGACAGCAGCCAGCUCAUCCCAGGUAACAUCCGAUUCUACCUUCCUAGCCUCGUCCAUCGAUGGCACGAUACGCAUCUGGGAUCGACGGCAGCCCAACCCCGUGGCUCGCAUCAACCCUAGGAAUGUACCUCCAUGGUGUAUGAAUGCUUGCUGGUCUCCUGACGGGAACUAUAUAUAUGCAGGACGUCGGAACGGCACAGUCGAGGAAUAUAGCUUACACAAAGGCCUGAGAGAGCCGGAACGGGUUUUCAAGUUGCCGCAAGUGGGUGGUGCAGUGACUGCAUUGAAGGCGAUGCCCAAUGGGCGGCAUCUGCUCUGCGCUUCGCACGACAUCCUUCGGCUGUAUGACCUUAAAGGCCAAUCUCACAAACACUCAGCUGUCCCGUUUCUUGUUAUUCCAGGCCAUCGAACAGGUGUCAUUUCGCAGCUUUAUAUUGAUCCGGCCUGUCGUUACAUGGUCUCCGCCAGUGGCAACCGUGGUUGGGAAGGCAAUGCCACCGAAGUCCUCCUUGGCUACGAGAUUGGCGUGUAA